CGACUCUUCAGUUUCUUCGCGGCACCUCAACGAGAUAGGCGUACCUGUGAGGAGCGCUUUCGCGGUUCGAUAGUUAAGAUUUUUUUUACUGUGUGCCUUUCUUCCAAAGCUGCCAGAGUUCAAACCCCGACCGAGGUGGAAAGAUCUUUUGCUUCGCGUUGCCGUCGCGCGGAACUUGUCUGUGUUUUCUGGCUGGUGUAACUUUAAAAUUGUGCAGUUUUUCGGAUCGGAUCACACUCCGCUGGAAAGAAGGCUUCGAAAGUGCUUCCAAUGUGUGUUCAACUCGCUAAAUUGGGAGUCUAGGCAUAGCUAACUGCUGCCGUAUUGUGCGACGUUGACGCUGUGCUGACUUCAACGGCGCCUGUCUCCAACUCUCCUAGUAGUUGGGUGUGUUUGUGUUGAAAAAAUAUAGUAGUUAAGAAAUAUUGUGCUACGAGAAAUAUGGAAGGCUGUAUGCAGAAGGCCCCUUCCCAGAUGGUGCUACUUUAAGGCAUUUUGUGCAGUGCGAAAAUGUUUAUGAAAUGUCAAACCAUCAGAAGUGUAUCGAAAAGUGACAAAACGUGGUGAGAGGUCGAGAUCGAGAGCGAUUGGCGAAUUGUGUGUCGAACAUCGCGGGGCUGCAGAUGGCCGUUGAUCGAUGGAGUGAAGCAGUGGGACGAAACAGAAGAAAAUUUGCAAAAAUGAAAAUAUUUUUGCCAUUAGUGGUGUGGAUAGUGCUGUUAUUUCGGACGACGAGUGCCCAGUACUCGGCGUCCCGGAAGAACGUCGGCAUAUUCGGACUGAAGCACGAGGUGUUUUUUCUGAACCUCGAGGAUGGCUACUUCGGGUGCCAGGUCAACGAAUCCACAGACUAUCUGCAGCUGUACGAGCUGUCCAAACUGUGUGAUGGCACAUCGGAUUGCUACAUGGGCUCCGAUGAGCUUAGAAAUAAGUUAAAAUGUACAAAUGAUUGUGAUAAAGAUGGCACGGCGUGCUCGAACGGAGUGUGCCUAGAAGGCCUUUGCCAUUGUAAUGAUGGCUUUGGAGGUUGCAAUUGUCAAGUUCCAGACGAAAACGAGUGUAAAUAUCGACCUUGUGACGUUUUCGCGCACUGUACAAAUACUUUAGGUAGCUUUACUUGCACGUGUUUUCCUGGCUAUCGGGGCGACGGAUUCCAUUGCGAGGGUAAGUACUCAUUUAAUUUGAAUAGCUUUUUUAUGCAAACUGUUUCGUCGAAUUGGAGAGAGCUAAUCAGCAACAGUUAUGAUGACCUCUCGGUGAUUACAAUGAACUUGCGAAAUUGACCAAUGCACGAGUUCAUUAUUUGACGUUUAAGCGGUGCCCUGCUAUUUAUGUAGCCAUGGAAACCAGUGAAUUUGGCACCGCUCAAAAGUCAA